AUGAUGGAAAUAGCCAAUGUAAGUUUUCCAGAAGUUUUUAUUCUGCUGGGCUUCUCUGAACAACCCUCUCUAGAACCCAUCCUUUUUAUCUUUGUCUUGGGGAUUUAUGUGGUGUCUGUGUUGGGUAAUGGCAUCAUCAUUGUGGUCUCCUGCAUGGAUGUGCAUCUCCACACUCCUAUGUACUUCUUUCUUGUCAACCUUUCCUUCCUGGACAUUAGCUUCACCACAAGCAUUGUCCCACAACUCCUGGUCAACCUCUGGGGACCACAGAAAACCAUAAGCUAUGGAGGGUGUGUGAUCCAGUUCUAUAUCUCCCACUGGUUGGGGGCAACGGAAUGUGUCCUCCUGGCAGUCAUGUCCUACGAUCGCUAUGCUGCCAUCUGCAGGCCACUCCACUACACUGUCAUCAUGCAUCCAAAGCUUUGCUGCAGCCUGGCUUUUGCCUCGUGGCUUGGGGGUCUGACCACCAGCAUGGUAGGUUCCACGCUCACCAUGCUCCUGCCUCUCUGUGGGAACAAUCGCAUUGACCACUUUUUCUGUGAGAUGCCCCUCAUUAUGCAACUGGCUUGUGUGGAUACCAGCUUCAAUGAAGUAGAGAUGCACGUGGCCAGCUUUAUCUUUGUUGUCUUGCCUCUGGGUCUCAUUCUGGUCUCAUACAGCCGUAUUGCCUGGGCUGUGUUGACGAUCAGGUCAGCAGCAGGGUGGAGAAAGGCAUUCAAUACCUGCUCGUCCCAUGUGGCAGUAGUGGCUCUGUUUUACGGGAGCAUCAUUUUCAUGUAUCUCCAGCCUGCCAAGAGAAACUCUCAUGAGGAAGGUAAGCUUGUGGCCCUCUUCUACACUGUGGUCACCCCAAUGCUGAACCCCCUGAUUUACACGCUAAGGAACAAGACUGUGAAGAAGGCACUUAGGCACAUUGUGUUACAGGACUGUGGUUCUGGAGGGACACGAGGUGAUAUUUAG